AUGUCCAGCAGCGGCAGCGCCGUCGCCGCAACAGCAGCACCAGCAGCGACGGCCUCGGCGGCGGCGGCAGCAACAACAGCCUCACCUCCAGCCCAGCCGCCGCCGCCUCCCCCUCCGCCGCCUCCUCCGCCGCCUCAGCCUCAGCCUCCUCCGCCGCUCCCCGGGACCUCCUCGGCCGCCGCCGAGCCCGAGCUGGUCUCCCUCAUCCUCAACCGCCUCAAGAGCCAAGGCCUCUUCGACCAGUUCCGCCGCGACUGCCUGGCCGACGUGGACACCAAGCCUGCUUAUCAGAACUUGAGGCAGCGGGUGGACAACUUUGUUUCCAACCAUCUAGCAACUCAUACAUGGAGUCCUCACCUGAACAAGAACCAACUGAGAAACAAUAUUAGACAACAGGUUCUCAAAUCUGGAAUGCUAGAAUCUGGAAUUGACAGAAUAAUUUCUCAAGUUGUCGAUCCAAAGAUCAAUCACAUAUUCAGGCCGCAAGUAGAGAAGGCUGUCCAUGAAUUUUUAGCCACAUUAAGCCACAAAGAGGAGGCCAGUCCCAUUGCAGCUGCACCUGAGGAAAAACCAGACACUUCUGUUCUGAUGCAAGGUGUUCCUGCUUCCACUCCAAGCACAAAUGUUGCUAAUGACGCUAUGUCCAUUUUGGAAACGAUCACUUCUCUAAACCAAGAAGCAAGUGCAGCCAGGGCAUCCACAGAAGCAACAAAUCCAAAGACUAAUGACAGAGUUCCCAAAAGACUCCUGUCUCAGCAGAGCAUAGAUGGUGGUAUAGAGAAAGACGGUGGCAUAGAGAAUUCAGAAGAUCUGCUAGAUGGAGAGAAAUUGCUUUGUGACUCUGCAGAAGAAAGCUCUGAACCAGUAUCCAACUCAGAAGAUGUAAAUAACUUAUUUUCUUCAAAUGAAGAAGGGAAAAGUCUGUCAAAAGAAAUUAACAGUUUGGUUAACCCAAGCAAGGAAGCUGUGCAGGAAAGUGAUGAGCAGAAAAGUAAACUGAUGGCCCAAAGUGAUAGGAGACUAGAGAGCAUGGAGAAAGGAGAGAGGAAAAAGGAGAAGAAAGAAAAAUCUGAGAAAAAGUUGGACCGCUUGAAAAAGAGUGGGGAUGAUCUAAAGGCUAAAGAAGAGAAGUCCAUGAAAGAUAGAGAGUCAGAAUCAACCAAAUAUUCAGCUCUGGAGAAGAACAGUAGUAAGCACAAAGCAAAUGAAAGUACAAAAGAAGAACUAGUUUUGGAGGAUUCUGAUGUUGACAUACUCAGUGAUAUCACUGUUAGCUCUGUGCACACCAGUGAUCUUUCUUCCUUUGAAGAAGAAAGUGAAGAGGAAGUUGCACUUUCAGACAGCACAGAAGAAGGAGAGAUCGUUUCUGAUGAUGAUGAAGAAGAACAUAAUCAGGUUAAAACAAAGCCAGAGGCUGAUUGGGCCAGCAAUAAAAAAACAAAAUCUGGGAGACACGCUUACGUCCAUAAGCCUUACCUCUACUCCAAGUAUUAUAGUGACUCUGAUGAUGAAGGGACUGUGGAGCAACGCCGCCAGUCUGUUGCUAGAGAAAAAGAAGAGAGGCUGUUAAGGAGAAGGCUUAACAGAGAAAAACUUGAAGAAAAACGGAAACAGAAAGCUGCAGAAAAAACGAAAACACUGAAAGAUGCAAAUCAAGGUAGAAGCACUCAAAACCUGGAAGAAACUCCUGCCAGAGGACUUGAAUUGAAAGCCAGCGGUGCCAGCAUCAAGGAUGUGCUGAAAGAACAAAGAUUUUUAGAAAAGAAGGUAGCCCUCAGCAGGAAAAGAAAGAGAGAGUCAAGGCAUGAAGAAGAAGGCAAGAAGAAAAAAUGUGAACAACUUGAGGAAGAUCCUGAAGAACCUCAGAAGAUUACUGAAGGUGUUGAAAAGCCCUCCCCAAAAGAAGUGAAGGCCAGUCAAGGCAAAAAUGAAGCAAGUAAACUUGUGAGAAGACUUUCAGAGACGGUGUAUUCAGUUGAUGAAACCAGAAAUGAUUGCAAGGUAGAAAAAGAACACAAAAGAAGACCAUCUACUUCUCUUCAGGUGGAAGGAAUGCAGCAAGAUACUGAGCCCCGAGAUCCCAAAUCUCAGAUUGAUAGAGCAGAGACCAGCUCGGAAGAACCUCAAAAGCAGAAAAAUAUACUUAAAAAUGAAAAGCAUGUUAAAAAGGAUGAUUCAGAAAUCCAGAGUUUUAGAAGUGCACCCAGGAAAGAGGCCAGAUCAUCAAAAGAUAAAAAUGAAAAAGAGAAAAGUAUUUCUGAAGAUAAAUCAUUAAUUAAGCAUAAAUGUAAAGGAGAUGGGUUUCAUAAAACAGGUGAUGAGGCUGAAAAUCUGCCAUCUGAGAAAGGGCUGAAAAGCGAGGAGAAUCUUCAGAAGCAUAGCCAGCUAACAAAAUCUUUUUCAGAUGACAAAGCUGAACGGAAGAAUAAGCACAGAAGUGAAAGGAAAACAUCAGCAAACAGCAAAGACCUGAAAAGUGUUUCUGAACAUGGUUUUAAAAAUGAAGAAAGUUCACGUAAAGAAAACAGAAAAGACAGGCAGGGUUCAAUAGAUAAAUCCAGAGCAGACCACAAGUCUAAAAGACUGUCAAGUGAUUUAAGGCCACAGAAAGAGUCUCUGGGUGCAUCAAAGCAACAUAGUUUUGUAACGUCAAGGAAAGGGGAAGGUUACUCAGAAGACAAACAUGAUGCAGAAUCAACAAACUCUGAUAACACUUUAAGGCAAGGUGAUAGUAUACAGAAAGACAGGCGAAAAUCAAAGAAUGCUUUGGAAGAGAAGUUACUGUUAAAGUCCAGGUCCAAGAGUCACACCAAGCAAGGCAAAAUACCUGAACCUGAACUACAAGAAAGUUCCUCCAAGCAGGAAUCAGGACAGAAAUCCGGGCCUAAUUCAGAAGAGAGUGACCCAGAUAAGCAGUGUAAAUCCAAAACUGAAAUAAAAGCUUUUGAAGAAAAUUCUGUAGAAUUGGACCCUGACAGUGGAGCACAUUCCGUUAGUAGUUCUCAAAAAGACUUCAGUCAUCGAGUUAAGUCACAGUCAGUAGAAAAAUCAUCUGCAAAAGAGAGAAAUAAAAGUGAUAAAGAUUUGAGUAGUUCAAGACUGGAAAGGAAAUUGUCGGCAGAAGGUCACAAGAGCAGAAGUUUGAAGCAUAAUAGUAAGGACAUGAGAAAGAGAGAAGAUGACAACAAACCAGAUGACAAAGGUGUUAAACAAGUAGAGACUCAUGCAAAGUUGCAAGAAAAUCUGCUCACAGAUAAAAGAACAAUUAAAAAAUCAGCUAGUGAAAGCAGAAAGGGAAGUUUUUCAUCCCAAGAAAUAGAUAUAGGAGAAGAAAAAUCAUCAGCAGAAACACCUGUAGUCUGCCCUUUCCCAGCCCUUCAGAAGUCAGUCUGGACCAGUGGGCACAUGUUACAUUCUGAAGAAUGCCAAGAGCCAAUGGAAAUACUGUCAGAACAAAGGGACAGUAAUGCACAGCAUCAGAUAACUCAACCUAAAGAAGAAAGUAAUAAUUCACAACAAGAAACUAAAUUAAAAAACAAUGCCAAAGACCAAAUGCAUCGUAAUUCAUUGCAAGAGUUGAAUAAAGCUUUGCCUACAAAGGAAAUCUCCAAAUCCUCCCCUUCCAGUUUCAGUAACCCCAAACAGAAGUUUGAAAAGAUUCCUACAAAGGACAUGGAUGUGCCAAGUGAUGGCUUUAAAAGUGAAGAAAGUUCUCCAACCAAGCAGUUGUCAAAUGAAGGUGUUUUCCAUCAAAAAUCUAUGGAUAUGACUGUUGCAGAAGUCAAAAACCCUUUGAGUGAUGUAUCUAUGGAGGAAUCUUUUAAUUUGGACAGGCCAGCUAAUAAAGAUACAAUUUCAGACAAUGAAGCACAUACUGCUAAAAUGGAACAGCAUGGUAGCAUUGUAUUCGAUGGUAACAUAAAAGAGAGUGAUAUCACUGACAUGGAGAUUUCUAAUGCAGGUGACAAAGGGCUCCCAAGUUGUAAAGAAGUGACUGAAGAGAAAACGAGUGAUUUUAUAUGCAUUCAAGAAGGUACUAUGCAAAAGCAUACUGGAAUUGAUUUAGCUGGCAGUAUAAAGAGUAAUCAAAUGGCCAGCCCAACUGUAGUAUUUACAGGGGUAUGUGCAGACAAAGGCAAAACAAAUGAAAACCAUACUGUCAGUACUGUAAUAGAAUUGUCUUCAGGGUCAGUGACCAAGAACACUCCAGAAGAAAUUGGUGAAAUGUCCAUGAUGGCUAAUCGAGGUGAUUUAAGAAGAGUCACUGAAGAUAAAAAUGAAAACAAUGUAGUAGGCAGCAGUGUAGGAAGCAGCAGUUGUGUUAGCAUCAGCAAUAGCAUGGAGACUGAUGUGACUGUUAUCGGGACGAGCACAGAGAGAACUGCUGGGAGUGCUGUAACAGCUACUAGCACUGGAGGAAGCCAAAGUGAAGAAGGUACAUCAAUCCACUUGCAAAGAGAAGGCGAUGCCACUAUUACCUGCUCAGAAGAAAAAAGUGAGGCUGCUUUGAGCUGUACAAGUAUAGAAGCAGAUGAAGGUUUCACUGUGGGAUGUUGGACCCCAAAUAAGGAAGGUGCUCAUUCCAUAUCAGAAAAGUGCUUUGAUGAAUGUCCUGUCACAGCGACUGAAGAAAGUGGUGCUGGCACUGAAGGACUUACUGUGUGUGAAAGUUCCUCAACCAGUACAAAGGAGGAAGAAAGUGGUGAAUGCAUUGUGAAUUAUGCAGAAGAGCAUUCUAAAUUAAUCAAUGAAAGUAGGGUAGAACAGACUGUGAAUAGUGUUGAAGCAGAAGAGAAAGAUGAUGCUGUAACCAGUGCAGGUUCUGAAGAAAGGUGUGUGGCAUCAGUCUGUAGCGGUACAAGCAACUUUGACAGUGCUACUACCUGCCUCAGUGAAGUAGAAAGUGAUGGUGCUGUAACCAGUGCGGGUACUGAAGCGAAGGAUAGACCUGUGACAAGUGAAAAUCCAGAUGAAUUUCAGAGUAAUACAGCUGGAAGUGAGCGUGCUAAAGCUACUGAGGGUGCUGUGACUUGUACGGCUGCCGAAAGAGGAAGUCUUGGCUCUGGCAUCUGUUCAGUGACUGGCACUGACUCGCAAGAUGAGCGUGCUGUGACUGGCGUGUGUGCUCAGAUGGCAAACAAUGUGGCAACUGGGCCACAUGCUGACAAGAGUGAAGACAUUGUGAAUGGUGAGAGUGCCGUCACCAGCACAGGCAUAACAGCAGAAGAUGGCCCUGAAGCUGCAGCUGCGUGUACUGGUUUGGAGGACAGCAAUGAAGGUUUUGCAGCAGCUUCAGAUACACAAGAAAAAUAUGAGUUUGCCACAGACAGUACAGCAGCUAGAGCUGAAACGAACAUCAUUGAUGUCAGUCAAGGUUCCUAUGACGAUGAAGGUUGUGUGACUAGCACUGGUGCAAAAGAAGAUGAUGAAGAAGGUGAAAAUUUUGUUACUAGUACAGGGAGAGGGAACGAAGAAGCGGAACAGACUUUGACCUGUACAGGAACAGAAGAAAGUGAAAGGGUGCUGAUUUGUGUUGGAGCCACAGAAAGUGGAAGUUCCUCCAUCUGCCUUGCUGCAGGCCAGCUUAGAACUGACUUGGGUGAGCUGACCUCAGAUGUCAAUAAAGGUGCUGUUGACAGCAUGACAGGCUUAGAGAAAGACUUGAAAAUUGAUGAUAUCCACAACAGUACAAAGGGAAUAGUUGAAAGUAGCACCACUAGUGUUGGUGUGGCCAGUGAAAAUGUUAUGGCAUUUGGUGCAAAAAAAGAGUCUCAAUUUACUGAGAAUUAUGAAUGUGACGUGAUUAGUGCAACCUCAAAGCAAGGUAUAGAUCAAGAGUCUGCUGUGGAAGAGAAGAAUGAGGAUGCCACAUCUUUCAUCGAAAUCAGGAAACCUGAAGGCCCGUUUAGGAUGGACUCAAAGAAAGUAGCUAUUCUCUCAACAUCUGCUAAUGAAGAUGAGAGAAGUGAAGGUGAGACCAUCUCUACAAGUGUGGUCAAAGUGUGCCCUACCUCUGCACAGUCUUCUGCUGAGCACAUUGAUCAAACACCACUUGUUGCAAAAACAGUUGAAAACCUUGAGAAAACCCCAAGCCUCAUCAGUACAGAAGAUUUCAACACCCCUAUGCCUAGCACAGCUGUUGAAUAUAUGAAUCAGGAUGGAAGUGCUAGUAAACAAAAUAACAUUUCUACAAGUAUCUUGGAAGAAUUUGAAGCCCCUAUGCCAAGUGCAACGAUAGAAGAUGGCAAAAGUGCAUUUCUUACUAUACAAGCUGCAGAAAAGACCACUACUGUGGAAAUGAAUGCUAUUCCCAUGCCCAGUAUGUCAACUGGAGGUGCUGAUGAAGGCAAUACAGUUCAUAGCAAAGAGGAAAGGGACGAAUGCACUGUGAUUUCCACAAGCAUAGUUGAAGAGCUAGAGGCUUCCAUUUCCCAGGAAAGAACUGAAGAUGCAGAUGAACAUGUCCCCUUAAGAUUGGAGCAAACUGCUGACACAGCUAUGAUCUCGACAAGCUCAGUAGAACAGGUUGAGACACAAGAGAUUGAUCAGGUCUGUAGAACCCAAGGAAGUUUUGAGACUUCCACUAUCUCUACUACAGAAGGAUGUGACAAAACCAUCCAUGGUGCAUUUGUGCCAGUAGAAGCUAAAGAAAGAACUAAGGAUGCUGGAGUUUCCACAGAUGGAGCAGAACAUGUUCAGGAAGCUACAAGCCAAGAGAUUGAAUUAGAGGUUCAAAGUACUGAAAAAAACAACCAGAGUGCUGUAAUUUUGGUUCAGAAGGGAGGAGAGUAUGAUGCUCUUGGACUUAGUGUUGCCACUGCUAAACCUGACACACAGUUGGUUGCCUUGAGUGCAGACAAGCCAGAGGAUAGUAUAGCAGCCGGAAUAGUGGAAGAAUGUGACAGUGUCUCUGCUGUUGCUGUCUCAGAGAAAACUCCACUUGAAUUUUCAAGCAAAGAAGUUGAAGAUGAACAUGUGCUUCAAAGAGAAAGCCAAAGAUUCCAUCAGGGGGAACCGGAGGUUGCUUUGGAAGAAUUAGCCACAGAUAACACCACAAGCACAGAAAUGCCUGAAAAUACAGUGCAAUCUGAUAGCAUAGGAGAAAGCCUUGGCACAGAGAUUUUGAACCCUUCUGUCACUGAUGGAACAUCCACUGAAGACCAUGUGCAUGAAUGCAGAACACAAGAGAGUGGGCAACAUAAUGAAGUUCCAUCUGGUAUGCCACUGGAACAGAAAAGUGGGGAUGUGAAUUUAGCAAUAGACUAUAUUAGUCACAAGCCAGUAUUAGAAACUGACCUUGGUGAAACAAUGGAUCUCCCCAACAGGAAAUGCUCGACUUCAUUACUUGUCGAAUUGGGGGGAAAUUCCAAGGACAGAGCACUUGGAGGAGCAACAGUUCAGGGUAGUCACUUGGCUGACAUAAAUGCUAAAGUGGAUGGCCAUUGUGAAGAGGAAGCGUUUUCUCAAGGGAGUGCAGCAUAUCAGUCUGACAGCAAAGAAAUGCAUCCAGUUGUGGCUGAAGAGCUGGAACAAAGAACCAGGAUGACAGCUACUGAGGACCCACAAUGUAGAAGCAUGGAAGAAGAAAACCUCUCUGAAGAGAUUCAGCCAGAAUUGAUUUCCAAAGCACUUGAAACAACAGACACUUCAGUUGUAACAGAAGCAGUAGAAGUCCAAGUUUCUAGAGAGAAAUCAUUAGAGUUGCAGGUAGAAAUACCUGAUCAGAAGGAAGAGAGCUUCAUGCCAGAAACAGACAGACAUCCUGGUAUCGAAGAGGGUGAAUCAGGUCAUGGUCCAGUGUGUCAGAUUUUGGGAGAAGAAGCUGAAGAGAGCCAGUAUUUUGAAGCCAGAGCAGAAUCUAAUACGGAAACGACUUCCAGGGAAUCAGAAGAUACCCUUGAAGGUGAUGCCAAGUCUCUGCAACCUUCAUCAGAAACUAUAGAAGGAAAAGAUGAGAUUGUUGGCAAAGCGGAUAUUUGUGAAAAGUCAGAUGAGAAAUCCAGUGUAAAUCCUGUUGAGGGAAAAAAGCAAGGACCAGUUAAGCGGAAAAGAGGAAGACCCCGUAAAUAUCCUAUUGAAAUAAUGGCACUGCUUGGUCAAGUUUCAGAAGAUGACUCGAGAACUGGAAAUAUGUUGAAGUCUUCAGGUUCUAGCAGUAGACAGAUGAUUACUCCAAAAGUCAAAGGUUCAUUGAAUGAGAGACACAAAGAAGCUAAUGAAGGGGAGGCAGAGGUGGCUGUGCGUCGAAGGGGAAGGAAGCCCAAACGACCUCUAAUUCCAUCAGAGGAAACAGGGAAGGACACACUUGAGCCAGACAAAAAACGUCAGAAACUAACACUUGCUGUUGAAGAGGAGACAAAAGACAAAGAUGAAAAAGAAGAAAACAAGGAGAGUGGCGAUAACAGAGGGGAGGACAGUGACAACAGCGAUGAUGCUGACGAGAUGCAUUCAGGGGCCACAACACGGUCAGCCUCAAGAUUGGAAGCACAAAGAAAGCAGCCCAGCAAGCCCACAACACGAGCCGCAUCUAAAAAUCAAAGCCCGAGUGCAGUUCCUCCAGCAAACCACCGAAAGUUAGCAGGGAGAAAGCAGUCACCUGCCAUUGCAAAAUCCAAUAAAUCUCCUGUGGCACAUUCAAGGUUACAGCCCACCAAGCGCAAAAGAGAAGCCAGUCCCAUGGUGUUGCCUAAGAAAAGUCAUCAGAGGAGCGAUGAACCUGAGGCGAAGAAGUCCAAGCGAUAGUUUUGCCCCGUGACAGACAAAUGGGGAAGGGAAAACAGACAAACUCUCCUCUGCUUCUUUGUAAAACAAAGAGGCUUUGCAUGCGCUUGUUUCCAAGGUAUAACAUGUUACCUAUGUAACAUAUUUAAACAGCUUUAUACACUAUUUGUUUAUGCAGAAGUCUAUAAGCAUUGCAAAAGUUUACUUUGAA